GAGCCCAUCUCGACACCUCCUCCGCCUUCUUGCUACCAGAGUCCCAGCUGUCCCGGGCUCCGUACCAUAGAGUCCGGAGGACCCAAAGCUAGACAGGUCCCAGUAAGCGCGGCUCCCUACCACAGAGUCCCGGCAGCCAAGCAGGUAGAGCGGCCAGUGGGGGAAGCCGCUCUCCCCAGGCUCCAUACCAUAGAGUCCGGAGGACCCGAAGCUAGACAGGUCCCAGUGAGCGCAUCUCGCUACCACAGAGUCCCGGCAGCCCCGCAGAUAGAGCGGCCAGCGGGGGACGCCGCUCUCCCCGGGCUCCACACCAUAGAGUCCGGAGGCGCGUCGGAGCUGGAGUCCUCCCCGCGGGCCAUCGCUGGACACCACAGAGGCCCGCGAGGCUGCGGACACCCCCCAGCUCGCGCUCGGCGGGGGAACCGCUCCGCUCCCCCCUUAAUUAGGGUGACGCGGCGCCGGGGGGCCUUAGCCGUAACCCCAAGGAAUGGGCUGCAUUGAGCCGGCUGGCGAGAGAAAUGCUGUGCAGUGCUGAGCUCAAGCCCUGCUGCCUCGAGCCCCUGCCCUUGAGAGCUCUUUGGAAUUGUGCCAGGCUGGGUCCUGAAGGAUGGAGCCCACGGAGGCAGCCCAGGCCCCGGAGGGGAGGAAGAGAUUCACCGUGCAGUCACAGGACCCUGAACAUACCAUGGUGAGACCCAUCUUCAAAUCUUCUUGCUCUGCAGCAGAACCGAGGGCCCCUGCUCUGCCUGGGGCUACCUCCUAUGCAGACUAUGUCGUGGCACAGGUCUCUGUGUCCUCAGCCUCCAUGCCAGUCUCCCGGCCUGCCAGGAUGACAGCUGCGUCAUCGGGGUCCAGAGAGGGAGCUGCCUCAGGAGCGCUCCCUCCAGGCACUGAGGCCAGCACUGUACCCCCUGCUGCCAGUGGGGACUCGGACCCCAGCCCCACGCUGAAACCGGGGGCCAAGAGCAACUGCAUCAUCGUCAGCGCUCGCCAGCGGGGGAACCCCAUCCUGAAAUUUGUGCGCAACGUUCCCUGGGAGUUUGGCGAGAUCGUCCCUGACUAUGUGCUGGGCCAGAGCACGUGUGCCCUCUUCCUGAGCCUGCGGUACCACAACCUGAACCCCAACUACAUCCAUGCGCGUCUGCAGCUCCUGGGGAAGACGUACGCAGUGCAGGUGCUGCUGGUGCAGGUCGAUGUGAAGGACCCACACCAGGCACUGAAGGAACUGGCCAAGAUGUGCAUCCUGGCCGACUGCACCCUCAUCCUGGCCUGGAGCCCCGAAGAGGCCGGACGCUACCUGGAAACGUACAAAGCCUAUGAGCAGAAACCAGCUGACCUGCUCAAGGAGAAGGUGGAUCAGGACUUCCUGUCCAUAGUGACAGAUUGUCUGACCAGCGUGAAGUCAGUUAACAAGACAGAUGCACUGAGCCUGCUCGCAACAUUUGGGUCUCUGGCGAACAUUGCACAAGCGUCCAAGGAGGAUCUCUCCCUCUGCCCAGGCAUUGGGCCCCAGAAGGCCAAGCGGCUCUUUGACACCCUCCACGAGCCCUUUCUGAAGAUCCCCAAAUGAGUGGAGCACUGCCAGCAGCACAGACAAGCAGGAAUAAACAGCCCACCCCGCCCAGCAGGCCACGUGUCCCUGCCAGCGCACCGUAUGCUGUCUGCCAGGAAGCCAGGGCCUUGGGGGACACUUAGCAGCACCAGGAUCCAAAGCCCAGCUGUUUCUGAGUCUGGACUUUGACAAUUAAACAUUCUGUGCAGCAUC